GAUCGGAAGUGGGAUUCCCCCAAGGUGUUUUUUAUUCGCCUCGUCCUGUCAGUUAUUCAUAUUUCGCCGAUAUGGCGUCCAAAUAUGGGUCCAGGCCAACGGGUACUGAUGGGAGUGACUUUUGGCAUCGUGAGAGUGUAGCAUGGCAGUACAAACAAAGUUCACUGAACAAAUCCCGCCUGAAAAUCGUGCUAGUAUUAGAGGUACUAGUAUGUUUGAUGUUGGUGGUGCGUCUCCUGCCAGGGAUGACUGCUUUCUUAGGUCUGGGGAUAUUUGGCCGACUAAAAACCUGGGACUUUCCUGCUCCACGUCCUUGGGAAUAUAUCUGGAUGAUCAACCUCAUGGCAGGCGUAUUAGGUCUCAAGUCACUCCCCAAGAAUGACAUACCUCUUUUGAGGCAGUAUGUCAUAGGAACAGUAGUUUUCGGAAUUUGCCCUGUAGUCUAUGGUAUUUUUGAUCAGAUAGAUGAUCUAUAUGCAUACUUGAAUGAGAAAAAGUCAAUUGGAACGAUUCAGGGCUUCCCAGCAGUGAUCGUCUGGUUUAUGUUUCUAACCAUGGCCAUUCAGCUCCAUGGAUUUGGACUAUAUUUUGCAAGACAGUUACAUAAAUCUUGGAAGCCAAGAUUGGAUAAGAAGAAAAAUUGAAGCUAAAGACAUUUAUUGUUCAUCAAUUUUACAAGUGUGCUUGUUCUAUUUGUCAGUUUGAAAUUGUGUUUGUUAAUUUGUUUAAAAGUAAGAGCAUUUCUAUUCAUAGCACUGGCAUAUUUUUAUAUACAGUAGAACCUUGUUAAUUUAGACACGUUUAGUUUCUGCUAAAUCUUCCAGAACAAGGUACUUCCUGUACAUUGUAAUAUUUGUCUCAGUUACACUUUUUUCUACUUUCAUCCUCUGUUAAUGAGGGCAAAUAUUCACCAUGACAGCUGCAGUAACUGCAACAGUGCAGAGGCUGAGCAAAAUUAACUACCGCAUGUUAAAUAUGGAUUUUACCUGUGAAAGGAAUUACAUUGGAUGAAAGUUUCUGGUACAAUAUUCACUAUGACAGUAAAAUUAACUACCGCAUGUUAAAUAUGGAUUUUACCUGCGGAAAGAAAGUAUAAUUAAAUUGGAUGAAAAUUUCUGGUACUCAGAAAUACAAAUUCCCUUUAAAAACGCAGACAUUCAAAACAUUAGGGUCUGUAUCGACAGGGUUCCACUGUUACUAGAAAUACAGUAUAACAGUGGUAGGGACACAUAUGUUCUUGACACCUGCCACUUAAAUAUCAACCAAGCCAGUAGUUUUCCAUUGUGUAUGAUACCAGGUAUAUAUAUAUAUGCUCACCAAACCAUUCCAGCCUGGUACACUCGGGGAGAGUCAGCUGGAAAAUCUAUCCCUUGUUUCCUCAUUUGGUACCAUAUUUACAAGGUGUAAUGUGUAUAGUAUUUGCCUGUGUGUAUAAUUACUUCAGUUUUAUUUAUCUGUUCCUAUUAAGUUUGUCAUGAAAUGUGAAUUUUGGUGCAUUUUGUAUUUAAUUGUUAGACAACCUUCUUCGAUCGUUCUGUCAUUGAUUUCCAUUGUAAUUAUUGUAUUGUAAAGCAGGAAAUAAUGUGUUGUUUAGAAAAAAAAUCCUUUUUUAUUUCUUGGUAGGUUUUUUUUAAACAAAAUUCUACAGCACUGUAUCUAGGUAUACAUUGAGUCCAUGCUCUCUCAAUGUAUAAUGUUCAUAGAUUUUUUGCAGCACAAAUAUAAUUUAAAAAUUUCAUGUUGAAAAUACAUAGUUACAUGUGAUCAUGAAUUAUGUUCUCACCUGCCAAUUAUCCAAAAAGUCCAUUCCGCUGAAUUCAUCCAGAUUAAAUUGAAUGCUAAGCAAUUACAUCUUCCAAGGUCAAAUACAAGAAGCACAUAUACUACAUGUACCAGUAUCGAAUCUGUAUGUUAAUUGACAUUAAUACACGUAUAUGAAAUCUUAAUUUUUAGACCUUAUAGUGCUGGUGAUGUAGUGGGGCCUGGCUUCCAGCAACUGACAGUACUAAACCAGCAUUUUUAACUGGCGAUGAUAUAGGCAGAAGUAUUGAAUGUGGCCGAUCAGAGUUGUGGAAUUUCUAGGAUUAGGAAAUAAACUGAAAACAAAUUAUGAUAAUAUCAAAUUGUGAAAAGAAUAUAUAUUGAUAUUUUGUGUUACCUAAAUCAAAGUAGAAAUAAAGACAAUAAAAUAAAAUAAAUGUUCAUCAAUCUACCAAAUAUCCUUUGUGAAAUCUGUAGGCUUGUCAUAUUGUAGGAUAUGGUCAGUGAUCCAUGGUUACCCAUUCCGUUUUUGUGUAUUGCAGAGUUAUCUUCUCUUGGGAGCAGGUAUUGAUUGUUACAUCAUUGGUCUGUGUGAGAAAAUUACGUCGUUUUCUCAAAAAUUGAUGACGUUUCUCUCACAAACAAGUGUGGUAACAAUCAAUACUGCUCCCAAGAGAAGAUAACUCUGCAAUAUGCAAAGACGGAAUAGUACACUGUAGACUGUUGUUACUGGGUGUACUGCUAUUUGUGUUCAUUCUGUCCUAUUGUCUAUUUAUGAACUGUUAAUGAUCAUGAUACUGAUGCUGUGUGGUUUAUGUAUAAGUUAUUUUUGCCCGUUGUAGUGUGUGUGGUUGAGUAUUGUGUUGUAUGUGUAUAUCAUUAUGCUUUGAAAGAUUCUUGUCCGUGGUUUACUUAUAUAAAUUGCUUAUGUUAUUGUGUCAGUGUAGUGGUAAAUCAACAUUUCAAAACUUUUUUCCUGAAAUAGAAAAUUUAUUUGGAAGUCAAAUUAUUUUAACAAAAAAUACUAAAUGAAAGAAGUUGAAAAUAGUUACAAGUAUUUUGUUGUUGUUGUAUUUUAGUAGUAACCAUAUUUUAUAUGCAAACCACAAUAAGGUUCACACAAAAAUGAUCAUAUGUACGUCCAUGUAACUGACUUUGUUGUCAUCACAGGGACAUGAGAAUUAAGACACAGUACAUGUGGUUCAAACAUAAAGUUGUAAUGUAGCUGUGAGUCGCACAACAAAUUCAAUGAGUGAACUAAAGAAAACUUGAACACUAUAUAAAGCAUUGCCUUUGCCUUGUUGUACUGAUUGUUAGUAGUGUAUUUCUAAUCUUGUGUUAAUAAUUCUUGUUCGAGAUUUAAAAUUGUUUCAGAAAUAUUGCUCAAGUUACAUCAUGUUCAGGUGUUUGAACAUACCGAUAUACGCAACUACAAAUGUUAGCUGUAUAUGGUUAAAACACUGUUUUACAGAGGAGUCUGUGGAAGAGAAUCGGUACUUGGAACAGAGUUUCUUGUAGUCACAGCAACACAUUAGUUUUAUACAAUGUACAGGACUUUAUCUGAAAUAUAUGCUAAUGGUAUGAUUUCCUGUCUUUUACCACAGAUAGAACGGUCAAAGAAAACUGUUUAUUUCAGGGGUUUUUCCCCCCAUUUUACUGAGACAAGUAAUGGAACCAUAGCAUAUGAAAAAAAAUCAUUUCAUAUGGUUUCAUGUCGCCUAUGAAUAAAUCAGUCAUUGGAAUUUCAUAAGUUCUGGGAGCUUACAAUAUUGAUAUCAACAAAUGUUCCAACUAUACCUAGUUUGAAAACGAUUCAAAAGCAUUUAAAGUAAUUAUCAACAAUCCUCAAUUUCUUUAUCAGCUUUACAAUUCUGUGUCUAUGCAAUCAGGAAAGUAAUGUAUGAAAUUCUGUUUUACUAGAUUGCAGAUUAUCUAUAUUUUUAUGGAAAAUCUUGAAUUUCAUUUUUAUGUAAAAUCUUUUUAUGCAUUUACGUAGAUGAUGGUAGAUUUUGUGAAUGUGACUAAAAGUACUUUGUGGUUGUGUUGACUGUAAACCAUUGUGUUCAUAAUAUUUUUUUUAUUUUUUGUGUGCAAUAUAACUUGUUUAUUGAAUUUGAUGGGCUACAGAAAAUGUGUUAAAUCAAAUUAAAUUAAUGGAGUUUUCACAUAGGAGGAAAAAGAAAAAAAAAUGUAUUUCAGACUACAUUUUUGUUAAAACCCCAGCAAUCAAUUAAGUCCCUUUUUGUUUGUAAUGAAUGCCAUUAACUUCGCCACUUUUUACCAAAAUGGACUCAUCCAGAUAAAUGUAUGGUAGAGUCUACUAAAGUUACCUAGGAGUGAAAGGGUUCAUAUGAAAUCAUAUAAAUCAGUUUUUGCUUAAUUUAGUUCAUGUCCAUAUCAUUGUAACAGACUGCUGGUUACAUGUCUAAUUUCAAUUUUGCUGCUGUUCCUAUUUUCGCUUUGUACAAUUGCAAGAGCAGGCCCUGACCAUGUUGGUAACAAAAUGGAAGGUGGUCCAGAUGCUCAUAUACAUUUCCUUUGUACGGAAGUUUUCUGUAUUUCACUCAGGAAAAUUUGACAAAAAUGAAGAGAAUAAAAUACAUAAGUAGCUAUACUAACAUUGUUUUUUAAGUAUGGUAGCAGGGCAUGUGUCUUCUUAGGUUGGUUAGUUUUCUUGUACUAAGAGAUAGCAGAGUAUUUCAUUGAUAAUCUCAUAUAGUGCCAUUAUGUUUUCGAAAAAAAAAAGCAAUGUGUUAAAAAUCAAAUAGUAAUAUUUGUCUUUCGAGCAUAAUCAAGUUUUAUAAAGGUUUAAGUUUCGACACGUUACUUACUAUGUAGGUUCUGCCUAUUUAACAACUUCAAGUAAAGAGAUACCCGGUAGUGCUCUUUCAAAAACGAAUGUUCUUGUCAGAUUACGAUAUCACAGAACCAUUCUGAAUUAUAACUUGUCAAAAUCAAGUUGAUUUAUUUAACCAGUUAACCAAGUGUUGUCCUACACCAUAAAUACUGUCGGAUGACUACUUACCCCAGAAACAUGUUUAUUUGGAAACACAUGUUAUCUUAUUAAAUUGAAUUGUUUUCCUGGAAAACUGUGCUAAUGAAAGGAAGGAUUGUUUGUGGUGCAAUAUAGUAGCAUGUGUAUUUAAAGAGGACACUAUACUUUUCUAGUUUCACAAUUUUCUGCAAAUUAACGGAAUAAAAUUGGAAGUUUCAACCCCAUUUUGUAAAAAAAAAAAAAAAAAAAAAAAAAAAAUUAAGUCAGAUAUUGGUUUAGUUAAUUUUUCAAUGGUAGCUAUUAAUGAAAAUUCAAUAUACAUAGAAUCAGACUUUAACACAAAACAAAAAAAAACACAAAAAAAAGGUUUGCAGAAACUUGUCAAAAUGGAACCAGUUUGUCAAUAGGUAGCACAUUUGUUUUGGUUCACUCGAUCUCAAAAGCAAUGGAUCUACAACUACCCUUUCACAUGAAGAUCAAUCAUGUAUAUUAUAGAUUGUUUUUAUCUUACCAUACAUCCUAAGCUAUAUGUUUUGAUCAUUAAACUUUGUUACUAUCCUUAACUUUUGAAUAAAAUUUCUCCCAGUGA